CGAGCAGUCAACAGAGAGAGCAGAGUGUCGAAAAUGAGCCAUCGCUGUGACAUCCAGUUGGACAAUCCCCGGGGGGCCUAUAGGGCCGGUGAGACGGUCAAUGGCCACGUCUAUCUGACCCUUUCGGAGCGUGCUUUAAUCAAAGCAAUAAGCUUGGAGGCCAAUGGCUAUGCAAGCACCGCCUGGCAGCAGCCCCAAAAGCCAAAGAAACCAAAGAAUAAGGAGUCGCCGGUGCAGAGUCAGAACUUGGACUUUGAUUAUCGCGUGGAUUAUUUUGCAAAAAUCGAUUAUUUUGUGGGCUCGGAAGCCUCACAGCCCCAGAUAAUGGAGGCGGGCACCUACAAUUACGGUUUUCAUGUGAAGCUACCCAAGAACUGUCCCGGUAACUACGAGGGAGCCCACGGACACAUUCGUUACACACUCCAGGUGCUCAUCCAUAGUAGUGCGGAUCGUCCGAUGGAGGUGCUUAAUGUACGCCAGUUGCAGAUUUUCCCGCAGAACAGUCUCAGCCAGGAGACACGAAGCAGUGAAGUACAGAUUCAUGAGGAGACUCCUCGUCUCAAAUUCUGGAUAAAACCGCUGAACUUGCAGCUCCAGAUUCCCAGGGCAUCUUAUUCGCCAGGCGCGGGAAUUUCCGUACACGUGAAGUUGCACAAUCCGGAGAAGUUGCCACUUCGCGAGGUAAAUUAUUCCCUCGUUCAGAUCAGCACCUAUGUUGCCCACUUAAGGAAUAAACCCAAGCGCAUGGAGUCCAAGGAAGAACGCCAAACUAUCCUAACAAGCAGCCAUGAGCUUCAUAAUCUUCCUCGAGGAGAAUUAGAGAAUUUUCAGCAUCUACACAUGCUGCAAGUGCCACAAACAGCGGCCACUUUGAGUGUGGCAGGAUGCGCUUGCCUGCAGCUGAACUACGAGGUGGAGGUGCUGGUCAGGACUCAACAGGAGAAACGCUUCAUUGCGGCACGGAUUCCGGUAAUCAUUGGCAAUGUUACGCCACCAUGUCCUGGUAAACUUCUAAUGCAAGAACCGAUGGAUGGCACUGCACCGGAACCGACACCUCCUGCCGAAACAGUCCAAAGGUCGGCUCCAAAUUUUAGUGUUUCAACCACUUCCUUGGCUUCUAAUUUCCGUGAAGCCGAGUUCAUGGUUGCCACCAAUCUGAACAAGACCAACAAAAACUAUUUGUCCGGGGAGCAGUUGGAUUUUAGACCACGCUAUGUCUACUACGAAAUGGAUCAGACGCAGUCUGAGGAAGUCAAGUCCCAUUGAUUGCACAGAAGCACUUUAUUACUUUAGAAGAUCGUCUAAUUUAUUUUAUCUUUUAGUUAACGUACACAAAAUAAAUAUAUUUUUCACCACCAAAU